AUGGUGUCCUUUCGUUCGAGUCUUCGGGUGCUCUUCUACUUUUCGCGCGUUUGUGGUUUAGCCCCGUUGGCGAUAAAUUUCAAAAAUUCCCUCGAAGAAAUCUCUCAAUCGCGCUUCGGUGUGAUUUAUUCAAUUCUCAUGGGUAUCACCUAUGGAGCAUUUCACGUAACAUCGUCACUUUUUAAUUUGGACGAGAAAGCUGAUAGCAAUAUCAUAACAAACAUCAUAAACUACUACAAUCGCUACUCACGUCUCCUUCUCUUCUGGAUUUGCAUUGUGAAUGCCAUUGUGAAUCAAAAGAAAAUUAUUCGUGCCCUUCAGUUGAUUGAGAACGUCGAUAGACUCUUUGCGAAUGAUUUGGGUUACCGUGUGAGUCACAUAAAAUUCUCACGACUUGUUCUCGUGGAGAUUUUCGUGUAUUUGGCAUCAACAUUUGCCCUGGAAUGGAAUAACUGCCUCAUGUACAUCACGGGAAUUGGGGUGUACAACAACUACUGCAUGAGUAUGUGCCUCAUCCCGUUGAUUGUUGCCAAUGCCGAUCAAAUUCUCUUCAUUAAUUUGAUCUACUUAAUCAAGGAGCGUCUUGCGCUUGGAAGUAAAUUCUUCCAGGAGCGCAUUCGCUUGACAAAGCAACGCAAGAAGGAUCAAGAUAAAUUAAAUGGGCAACUCCUCAAAACAAUCAACAUUUUCUAUUAUUUUGAGCAUGAAAUGGAAACAGCAGCGGCAAAGGUUAAAAUGGUUCAGGGGAAGUAUUCUCGAGGGAACAUUCAAACACUCUCCCUUGGCUACUCCCGACUCCACGAAGCCACACAGUUGAUUAAUACAGCAUAUGGGAUUCCCAAUGUGUGCAGUAUUUUCAUCAGAUUCGUCACUCUCACCACUCUUGCGUAUUCUUCCUGUAUGCGGCUGCUUAAGUUGGACAAUUUCGAUGAUGAUCUGGAUCACAAUGAGCACAGAGCCAUGUCCAAAGUCCCCGGGAUUGUUGGAUGGAUCCUGUUGAAUAUUGCAGAAAUAGUAAUUUUCUGCUACGUCUGCCAUCGUUUGAGGGAAGAAGGAAGGUACAUUGGGCAGCAUUUGCAGUACUAUCGCGUUGAAAAUUCCCAUCAAGGUGAUGUGGAGGCGGCAAUUGAUGCCUUUACGCGCCAAUUAAUGCAUCAACAUGUGGAAAUUGCACCAUGUGGAUUUUUUACUGUUGAUUUAACCUUUGUCCUGGCUCUUGUGGCCACCGUGACGACGUACAUCAUGAUCCUCAUUCAAUUUGAUAUUUCGCAAAAGGCGCAAAACUGAAGACAAGCAGAGAAGGAGCAAAAAGAACAUUUUGGGAGGCAAAGAAAUUAAAUUACAAACUCAUGAUAUAUAUUCAAGGACUAUUUUCUCAAUAUUCGUAACUUUUACAUCAUUUUUUUUGUAUGUUUCUGCUUCAACAUUAUAAACUAUGGAAGAGUUUCUGAAAUGUGUGGAAGAAUCACUGCAAAAAUUACACAAUAUAUUACUUUUUUUUCAA